AUCUCCCAUACAGCAGAACGUGCAGACACAUCAGGCUGCUCCAGGAGGCGGGAGCUCCAGCUCUGACACUGUCCCAGAGACAGAGAGUGACAUCAGCCGGCUAGUGGCUGCAGGAGGGAGCCUGGGGACACUGGGAUCAGGAAAGAGAGGGACUCACUCAGGGAGCUGAGCUGGUGCUGACUGUCUGCUUUCAGAGUCAAGGACAGGGGGACAGGGACCUCACUGGCUGCAGGACUGUUAACUAUUUGAGUCCCAGACUAGAUACCCCCAGACAGUUAGAUUGUGUGUCCUUGGCUGGUAGUGUGUGUCCCCUGGAUGGGGUGGAAGAGGGGGAGCCGCCCCAGAAGCAGUGGACACAGAGGGACCCAGCGCUGCCCUGGACAAGUUCUGCAGGCUCGACUCUCACCCCAUGAGAAUGCACUUCAGUGCAGUCACCAGGGAUAUGGAGGCCAUUUCCAGCCCUUGGCUCACCCAGCUGUCCCAUUUUUGCGAUGUUGCAGCUUUCACGGCCAACAGUUUAAGUAGCCUGAAUGCCUCGGGGGGCUACCACCUCUCUCCGUCCCCCGGGGAUCCCUACAGCCAGCACGAACCCCACUACGAGCCCUGCUCGGCCGCCCAGCACUCCUACAGCUUCGGCCCCGGUUCCAGCCAUGCCUGCCCGGAGCCCGAGAGCGGAGCCUCCUCCUCCAGCUGCUCCUCCACCCCGGGCAGCGGCAGCGCCAACCAGGGCAGCAGCGCCAACCAGGGCAGCAGCUCCAGGGCCCCGGUGAAGAAGAACCCCAAGGUGGCCAACAUCAGCGUGCAGCUGGAGAUGAAGGCUCUCUGGGACGAGUUCAACCAGCUGGGCACCGAGAUGAUCGUCACCAAGGCUGGGAGGCGCAUGUUUCCCACCUUCCAGGUUAAGAUAUUUGGGAUGGACCCCAUGGCUGAUUAUAUGUUAUUAAUGGAUUUUGUACCAGUGGACGAUAAACGCUAUCGUUAUGCCUUCCAUAGUUCCUCGUGGUUGGUGGCAGGCAAGGCUGACCCUGCCACGCCGGGGAGGGUCCAUUACCACCCAGACUCCCCUGCUAAGGGGGGGCAGUGGAUGAAGCAAAUUGUGUCCUUUGACAAACUGAAACUGACCAACAACCUGCUGGACGACAAUGGACAUAUCAUACUAAAUUCCAUGCACAGAUACCAGCCACGUUUCCAUGUGGUAUAUGUGGAUCCCAGAAAGGACAGCGAAAAAUAUGCAGAAGAAAAUUUUAAAACAUUUGUAUUUGAAGAGACUCGCUUCACUGCAGUAACUGCAUAUCAGAAUCACAGAAUUACACAACUUAAAAUCGCUAGCAACCCAUUUGCCAAAGGAUUUCGAGACUGCGACCCUGAAGACUGGCCCAGAAAUCACAGACCUGGAUCCCUCCCUCUUAUGAGUGCUUUUGCAAGGUCUAGAAAUCCAGUUUCAUCUCCUCCACAGAAUGGAAGCGAAAAAGACGGAGAUGGCCGAAGAGAUUAUGAGAGAGACGCAAGUGGCACACCCCUUCAUAGUGAUGCUGCCCAUCAACAACUAAUGUCCAGAGUUCUCAGCCCUUCACUCCCUGUGCCAGGUGGACUUGUCCCUCUUAGCACUGGCAGACCUAGUCCUCCCCAUGAACUGCGUCUUGACCCCCAUUCACAGGGCUCAGAACCUCUCCAUCAUCACCCCUACAAAUACCCUACAAGUUAUGAUCACUACUUAGGAGCAAAAACCAGACCGACCCCCUACCCUUUGCCGAGCAUCAGAGGACAUGGCUAUCACCACCACCAUAUGAACCCAGCAGCAGCUAAUAUGUACUCUGCAGCCGGGGCACCCAGCAGUUAUGAGUAUGGGCCAAGAUAACAUUUGAAACAAGAGAAAGAUCCCAUUGAGAGACUAUUUAAAGCUAUUAAACAAUGGAUGUUUUAUGCAUGAUUUUAAUUAUUCAGUAGUGUAUGCUUUGGAUAUUACAUUACUGCUGAAACGAAAGUUGCCCUCUUUCUAAACUCAUCAGGGCACCUCUCCAGCUUCCAUUGUGAUAUGUGAAUAAAAUCUUCAUGCAACCAACAUGCAAGCUGGAUCUACCACUUAAUCUGGCCUGUGCUGUUCAGAUACUACGUUAGUAGAAAAGACAGGCUUUGCCAACAAGGGCACUUGAGUUCAACAUGUCAUUUGUUUGUUGAAAUAUUGUACUGGGAAAAGAACAUGGACACUUGAGAGGAAUGAUGGAAUGGACUUUUGAUCAUGCUUCUAUUACUACUUUAUUUUUGUAAAAAACAAAGUUAUGUGUCUUCUUCUGAGCCUAAAUGAGAGGAUGCACAAUUGCCCAUCCCCACAAGUGCACUGUUAACCAUGAUUGAAAUAAUAUAUCCCAUCCACAGGGCAUUGACUUCUCUACGGCCAGAUGCACUAUCAUGCAAAAAAAAAAAAAAAAAAACAUUUAAAAAAAACGAAAAAAAAAAAAAAAGAAGCCAUAUGCUUUUGUUGUUUUGCUGUUAUUUUAUUUUUCAUUUUAUGAAAAUAAAUGUUGAUUUGACUCUGUGGCAGAGGAAUCUGCUGUGUUAAAACCAGUAGUGAUUGUUCUUUCUCUUCACACUCUUUAGGACUGACAUGCCAGCCCUACGCUUCAUGAAAACAUAUUCUGAAAACUCUGAAGUACGAUAUAAAAAUUUUAAAUGAGUUCCUCCACCAACCUUUAUCAAGUAACUAAAACUGGUGUGCAGAGUGCUCAAGCUAGUCACAUACGGCAUUGUGUUUUUUUCCAGUAGAGAACUAAAUCUACAAUGUUUUUUUCAAAGUCAUUAACUAAAUCCACCUACUCAGUACAUAGUAAUGCAAUGACUCACCAGGAAAUGUGUGUUCUGUGACUCCAAAUAUUAUACAUUUGCAGUGUAUUUUGGAAAUAAUGUCUUUAAAUGUCGCCUUAAAUGCCGUUUUAUCAAGUUCACACUAUUGUCUAGAUAUAUCCUGUAGUUACAGAGUGGUAGAGGGUCUGUUAUUUGGUAUGUGCCAAAGCAUGUGGUUCAUCCACUGGGGUAGUGUUUGGAUGGAUCUUCAGGGCUUAACAAGCUCAAUGUGUUUUUUUUUUUUAUUUUAUUUAUUUCCCUAAAACAGAAUUAAAAGUUUUUUGCUAUUUAUUUCCCCUAGAUGUCCUUUGCGUCUUAACAUACUUUGGCUCUACAUAAAAUAUGAUUUCAAGCAAAGACAGGAGAAUUUCAGCAA